AUCAAUCCAAAUCUCACACCAUCUUUUUAUUAUUAUUCUGUUUAAUGGCGGCCGUCUUUUUACCUCUGGGUGAAGUAAAGAAUCCCCUGAGUUAAUAAAGUUCAUCUUCUUCUCUACUUUCCCAUCAUGCAUAUGCAUUUAACAAACCUGCUUCGGUAAAAAAAAAAAUGGAUCUUGAAUUUGGGAUGAAGGUCACGAUAAAGAAUGCUUCAUAUGAGUUCAGUUAUCUGAAUUUGCAGCUCACAAAAGAUGUUAAGGGCCAUUUUUUCCAGUCUGCUGAAACCAACUACAUGUUUAUCUUGACUGUCCAUCUUAAAGGUUAUGAAACAGAGCAUAUACAGAUUGGAAUAAAUGAGGAUGGGACUAUAAUGGAGAUGUGUUGCGAGAAACCAGUUGAGGUGAUAGUUAUGGUGGGGGGGAGAUUGGAAACAAAAGGAACUGAGACAUGGAAGUUGAAGAAGAGAUUUAGAAUUCCUGAAGGAGUGUCUUUGGAUGAUAUAGAAGCUAUGUUUGCAGAAGAUGAAUCUUUAUUGACUGUUUCAAUGCCAAAGAGAGUGGAAGGGAUAGUUGGGACAUUGAUUGAGGAAAUUAAAGAGCCCUAUGAAAUUCCAGAAAGACCCCUCAAAGAAGCUGAGAUUGUCGAAUUGCGAAAAGAAACCGAUAAUAACCAUCAUGAUUCUUUGGGAGGGCCCUCUGAUCCUACACGAAGUGAUGAUUUAGAAGCAGAAAGGAACGAGAGAAGGAUUGAAAAUCAUCCAGAAAUGGCGAAGAAACCAGAUGAUGAUGAUCAAGAAACCAAACAAAGUAUAGUCGAUGUAGACGAAGUGAAGCCAAAGCGUGAACACCCAGAAUCUUCGUCAGGAAUCAACUCUGCAAAACAUGAAGAAGAAAAAGAAGUUCUGCCUAAAACUGGUGAAGUUCAUGAAGAAGAAAAAGUUCUGCCUAAAACUGGUGAAGUUCAUGAAGAAGAAAAAGUUUUGCCUAAAACUGGUGAUGUUCAUGAAGAAGAAAAAGUUCUGCCUAAAACUGGUGAAGCUCAUGAAGAAGAACAUCCAUUACCAACACUGGAAGCUGGAGUUGAGAAGAGGGAAGAAGAAGAAGACAGGGGAAAAGAGGUUCGGGAGAAAAGCAGUGUGAUAUGUGCUCCCAUUAUCGUCGCAGGCUCAGCAUUGUUAUUCUCUCUUGCAUUCAUCGUUCGAUACUUUAGGUCUGCAAACCGAACCCCAAAACCCAGAAACUAAAACAACAAUCAGUCUUAGAAUGUGUAUACUGUAGAAUGAAAGGGUAAUUUGUUUGAUUAUUAUCAUUAUUAUUGUUGUGUGCAUAUGAUCUUAACAAUGUUUGCCAUAUUUUGGAUUGCAUUAUUUCUAAAAGGGUGAAAAAAACACACUAAAUGAAUACUCCGCAAAUGAAUUAAAGAAUAGUUAGGUUU